UUUCCAUUGACUUAAGAAUUUGUUUACAAACAUGCUUAUGACGUAAACAUUUGGAGCAAUAUGGCGACGACGGAAAUUUCCUUAUCAUGUUUGUAGGUUGAGACGGAAAUAAUGUAAAAUUACUAGUGGAAGUAAUUCUAAACUAAAUCGCGUUGGGUUGGGGCCUUGAUUUUUAGGACAUGGGUGGUGAAAAACAAUCCCUUGAAAAAAGCAACAGUAGUUUACGUUUGAAUUCAGCAUUUAAACGUAUGAAAGUGGAUCCUCAAAUGAAAAGGGAAGAAAUGGCAGCUAAAAAAGAGGAGGCAUUUCAGUCAGUAGCUGAAUUAUGGAGAACUGAUAAUGAAGAUAGGAAGACUGAUAAAGGCAAAACAAUGAAACAUAAAAAGUCAUCAUCAAGAACAGAACCAUAUCCCCAGGAUAUUACUCUUCCUAUGCAGAGAUUAAACUUAUCUGCUAGAUGUAAGAAACACCAGUGUAGUUGUUCAAAAGAUAAACCAGAGUCUGUCAAUAAAUUUAAUUAUGCAAAAGUAACCAAGUCUCCAAGACAAAUUAUCAGGGAAUCAAAGUUAAAAAUACAUCAUUCAGAGAAAGAUCGUAGCCAGGUCAUUAGAGCAGCAAGGUUAAAACUUCAUAAAUUAGACAAAGGAAUUGAAACUCCACGAUUUUACCAAGAUCUCUCAAAACAUACUAAACCAUUAGCACAGGCUAGUCCUCAUAAGAAUGAUGCAAUUUUUGGGUCUAUUGCAAGCAAACAGACGGUCAAAGACUUUGCCAGUUUUUCAGCUGCAUCGGAUGAAGGUUCUUCUAAUCAAUUAACAGUCAGUCAUUAUAGUGGGCAUAGACAAAACAAGAGUUGUACUUCAAAGUCAUCUGGUGCUGAAUCCUAUUCAAGUGACAGUGAUCCAGUCAGUUGUUCUCAGCAGGCCAGACUCGAUGAUAUGAGCGUAAAUGAACUGGCAGGUUAUUUUGAUGACUUUGUUUAUAUACCUAAAAAGAUGUCAACAAUGGCUGAAAUGAUGUAUACAUGAUAUCAAGCAAUUUGUUUUGUUGAAACAAUGUUAACAUGGCAACCAUUAUGUUUAUCACAGUAUAAUUAUACAAGAUUUUAUGUUUGUUUAUUCAAGUGUGUGUAAACAGCUGAUUUUACUGCCGUUUUAUUUUGCAUUUUUUGUUCUUUUUGAAAGUAGCAUUCAAGAAAUGUUUUGUAUUUUUGUCAGUUCAUUUUUAAAUAUAUAUACAGUACUGCAUCCUUUCAUCCUUUUUUAAAAAGAUUCUUAAAAUCUUCAUUUCAGUUGUUAAUUAUUCUUGCCAAAAAAAGUUUUCUUGCAGACUUAAAAAAUAAAAUUUUAAAUUAAAAAUUAAAAAAAACCUGAUGUUUUAAUGUGUAUUACUGUUCAAUUCAACUGAUUUUUUUUCAAUUUUGUCAUUUUAGUACAAUAUUUAUGUCUGUUAUUAAAGUUUACAACUGCAUGUUGUUCAAUUGUAAGAAUAGGAUGAUACAUUUAAGUAAUAAACCAUGAUUCUGCUUCAAUUACAAUUCAACACAUUAUGAAGGGGUUCAUCUGAAUUAGUUUGGCUUAAAAUUUAAAAUUUCUGAUUUGACCAUGUUUGUUCCUGUUUACUUCAUGAUUUUUUUUAUAUAUAAAGUGGUCAUGGUAUCUGAUUAAAUUAGCAUAUAAAUAAAAUUUCGGGUUACUUCAUGAUUUUUUUUUUCAAUUUUAGUAGGUUUUUUUUCUAUAUUUAAAUAAUGGUAUAAAGGUACUACAAAUGACUUGAUUAACAUCUUUUUAUAGCAAAGAUUAAACUUGUUAAUGUUAAAGUUACUGAAUUAAGACCUGUUGGAGCAGUGCGUGUGGUUAAUUGCUACAUCAAUAUAAUAAAUCAUUUAACAGAAUAAUUUUUAGUUCAACAUGUAGAAAACUUUAAGUUUUUUCCCCUCACAUGUAUCUGACAAUUAUGUUCACCUAAUACAUGAACAUCUUGCCCAAAGGUAUAAAAAAAAUUUAAACAUUUAGCAAGUUUAUAGGAUAAUCUUUCAAAAAUCUGUUAAACCAAUGUUCAUUCAGUCACAGUAAACUAAUUAUAAGAUUUUCAUGAACACAAACAUCCUUCCGGGAUUGGGCUAAAUUAUAUUUAUUCUAAAUUAAUUUUUUUUUGUGACUUUUAAAAGUAAAAUAGAGAAAUGUUUUUAUUUAGAAAUUCACACUAUACUUCAUUGAUUUUGGCUAAAAUGUUGAUGUAGUUUAUAUCAGUAGUGCUUGUUUUUGUUACCUUUAACUGAGGGCAAUUUGAUGUUUCAUACACUGUAUAUAUACUAUCAUAAUCAUGUUCAAAUUCUAUUUAUUGGAAAAUAAAGUUUACAAAAAUAAA